AUGAAAUAUCAAAAAGAAAAAGUCAUUGAAACAAAUAAAUACAAUGAAUAUAAAAAAAUCAUUAAUGCUCCAUUUGACUAUCCGCAAACUUUAAUAGACAUGUUAGAUUUGGAUAAGAUUAAACAACUUAAUAAUGAUAAAUUGUUGGACAAUAAACAAAAAAUUAAUUUGGAAAAUUCAUACAGAAAAAAACUUAAUGAAUUAAACACAAAGGUUGUUCAAGAAGAAAAAGAAAAAUAUAAUAAGAUUGAAAAAAUGAUCAAAGAAUGUGAAGACUCUGUUCUGCUUAAUUCAGAAAUGUUUAAUGAAAUUUACAGGUUGAUUAAAAGGUUGUCGGUUGAUAAAGCAAAAGCAUGUAUAAAAAAUAGUUGGAUCAUCAAUGAUGAAAUAAAAAUUGUUAACAAAAAACUUAAUUAUAAAAAAUUUCUAAAUAUAGACGUUGAAGAUAUUGAAAAAUUAAAUAAUAAUUUACUACCGGUCAGAUUAAAAACCAAUGAUCUUUUUAAAGCUAUUGAAGCAAAACGUUCUUUUUUUUAUUAUGUUUUAAAUAAUAAAACCAAUGAACUUGAAAAUGAUGGUUUAUCCCAAGAAGAAAUAGAUAUGUGUAUUAAAUCAAUCAAAGAAAAAAAUGAUUGGGUAUUUAAUAGUUAG